AAGAUUUCAUUCGUGUAUAGUUACAAUUACGUAGCGGUAAUUAUAGAUAAAAUUUGGUAUGGGACUAUAAAUCAACAUCGUAAAGAGAGGGCUGGCUAGCCAGCCAGCUUCAGCUUAGUCUGAUCAUAUUACACAGCCGUGAGGCGUCACUGUUUUGGCUGUUAGUUUUUUGUCAUUCCUGCACCCUCGCCUGUUAUGUCGUCAUUGUAUUCGCGCAAUAAAAUUAGAAAAAUACUGAAAUCUUCACACUGUCGCAGCUUUUUAAGUCCGACGUCCAGUUCAGUCGAGAACGAACUCAAUGUCUCUUUCAAGAAGCGUCGAAGCGACCGCGGAAAAGAAUAGGAACAUUUUUCUUGUGUCGACGUAGUCUUCGUUUCUGAUGAACCUGCAGCAUCGGUGUCGUGAACAUCAGAGGUCCCUGGUUUCGCCUCCAAAUAGACGUUACAAUGCAGAGAUCAAAUAGACGCUCAGGUCAAGAGUAACAAGUGAAGGUAAGGCCAGUGUUAUGCUCGCAGAAUAUACGUUAGACGCUGUUCACUUUCAUCUGUGGCUGGUUGGAGCUGCUGGAGUGUGAACUCCCUGAAUUCUGAGCCACCAUGGGGAACAGACCAUCAAAAAGCAGUGGUGGUGAGGAACCUGGGAAAACAACUUUGUUUGAAAGAGAGCCAAGUGGGAUAACCUACAGGAUUCCUGCUCUCCUUUACCUGAGACACAGUCACACUUUUAUUGCCUUUGCUGAGAAACGUUCCUCAUCUUCUGACCAUGAUGCCAAAAUUCUUGUUAUGAGAAGAGGAUUGCUGAAAGAUGAUGGAUCUGUUCAGUGGUCAUCCAGUCAGGAGCUUUCGACUGCAUGCCUGCCAAACCACCGCACCAUGAACCCCUGCCCAGUGUAUGAAAAAAACAGUAAAACACUGUUUCUGUUUUUCAUUUGUGUUUGGGGGAACACCACUGAGAGGAAGCAGAUUAUCACAGGUAAGAACAAGACACGUCUUUGCUGUGUAAGAAGCAGUGAUGAUGGGCAGACUUGGAGUCAAACAACAGACUUAACAGACUGCGUGAUUGGAGAAGCUGUCCUCAAGUGGGCCACAUUUGGUGUGGGUCCAGGCCACGGUGUUCAGCUGGAAAAUGGCAGAUUGAUCAUACCUGCGUAUGCCUAUUAUGUCCCUUUCAGAUGCUGUUGCUUCCCCAUUCCUUUUACAGUCUACCCACGUGCACUGUCAGUUUACAGUGAGGACUUUGGACAGACAUGGCAUAUAGGUAAGAUGCUUCAAAAGAAGUCAUGUGAAUGUGAAAUGGCAGAAAUUAUAGAUCACGAGGGCAGGAGUCAUCUUUACUGCAAUGCUCGUCACACUGGGGGCCACAGAUGUGAGGCUCUGAGUGAAAACAGUGGAUUCUAUUUUGACAAGCCCCACAUGGCUUCAGAGCUAGUCGAACAGCCUUCUGGCUGUCAGGGCAGCGUCAUUGGCUUCCCUGCACCUGAAUUUGUCCCCAAUGACGACGCUGAAAGCAAAGCCUGUGGCACAUCCCUUUUGUCGCCAGACACACAAACCUGGCUCCUCUUCAUGCAUCCAACCAACAAGUCCAGUCGAAGAGACAUGGGUGUGUAUUUGAACCGAUCCCCCUUGCACUCAUCCGGUUGGGACAGGCCCAGGAUCAUUCACAGUGGACCUAGUGGCUAUUCAGACCUGGCUUACAAUGUGGACAAGGAUCAGUUUUCCGGCCUAAUGGAGUGCGGGAGAGACUGCGAACUAGAGCAGAUUGCAUUUGUGUCGUUUUCUCUUAAUGAUGUCAUGCAGACAGGCAGUAAGAAAGACAAAAAAAUGUGUUGAAUUGUGGUUGUUUUAUUUCUGUGUUAACAAAGUUCUAUUAAUGUUAUCCUGCACCCUAUUAAAAGAACAAAAAACAAAACAAAACUGAACAGAGCCACUUAAUAUGAUGUGCAGUAACAUUUGUCCAUGUUUACUGUUGUUCAACAUUCUGGAGAUAAUAAUGCAUGAGUCGUGUGCUUUCUUGUCUCCUUGUUUACAAAAGUAAUUAGUCAAUAUUAUUAAUAUGCAAGUGGCAAUAUUAGAAAGGAAACAAUUUUUAAUAGAUGAGGUGGUUGAUUUCUAGCAUGCCGUGCUGGACUAUUUUUAAAUCCAACUUUGUGUGUAGCAUGUUUGAUGAGCACUUCACAUCCACUUUUGCAUCUUAUUUAACAGUUUUCUCUGAACAGUGAAGAGAAUAAGCCUACCUCUUUUUAUUUUCUUGUAAUGUUCAUUGCAGUCUUUACAUUUAAUAUGCUCCAAGUCACCUAUGCCUUUUACACUAUCAUCUAUACCUAGGCAGUGCAGCAGUCUGUCAGUGCACAAUCUGCAGGUUGCAGUGGAUGCCAUAAAGCUGUCAAUAAAACAGGAGAGGAAGCAUGAGCGUUUACCUCUAACACUGAGUUUGUCAAUAAAAAGACCAACUGAUUGGAUCCACAUCCAUGUAUGUGAGGAAAAGGAUUUUAAAUUCUAUUCUGGAUUAUACAGGGAGUUGGUGAUGAGAAGCUUAAAUGUGAUCCAUAAUAUCUCUUUUGUUAUUUUUGUCUGAACUCACAGCAGCAUUUUACAACAACUGGAUGCUUUGCAGACAGUUCAUAAGGGAUUUCAUAAUAAAGAAUCAUUAUAGUCUAGCCUGCAAAUAACAAAUGCAUCAAGCAGAUCAUUUGUUUUUGAGGUGUUUGUGGCCAAACAUAAUAAUUUCACUUGUGUUUGAGUUCAGAAGUGGAAAAUGAUGUGUCAUCCAGGCCCUGUUGUCUUUUCAGAUGUGCUUGUAGUUUAACUAACUCAAGCUGUUUUCACACAUGCACUGCAGUCCUGAAAAGUUCUACAAAUUUUCUGGAGGGGCAACUGGUCAUAAAGCAAAUAUCUGCAGCAUUCACUUGUAACCACCCAGAGCCUUAGUAAAAUAUCUGGAGGAUCAGCAAGUGAGAAAGUUGUGUGAACAUAGUAGAAUAUUUUCAGGAGCAUUUAUUGUAAGUGAGCAAGGGUGUGUGCUGGUAAGAGUUGCUGUGUCAUUCUAUUUUCUGCCGACCUGCAAGAUGCUUUCCAUUCAUUUCUUAAUAUUGUAGAAAUGUUCAGAUACAUGUUGUACAUAUAUACAUAGAUUACAGCACAGAAAAGGUGAUUAAGGAGAUUCAUUCUCCAUUCUGAAAGUCACAAAAAUCACAGCAAUUUUUUACAUCACACUUUACAUCCUGCUUCAUGGAUGCUCGUCAGGCUGUGAAAACGCAUCCCCUGUCAAGAAGUACAAGUGUGAACAGCAACUGCAGAAAAAUUCUGCAACAAAUUGCCUGCACAUUCUCCUGGAAAUGAUCUGUGAUAAUAUCUUGAGUGAUUUCAUUUGGCUUCAUUGAUGUAGAUAUAAUUGGGUAUCAUCUGCAAAGUCAUGAAAUCUGUACAGCAUUGGUUAAAAAGACUACUUGAAGGAGCAUGUAUAGGGUAGAAUGUUUUCAGCAUAGAGUGUUGAACAAGCAGAUAUGACUUAAUUCAACUUAGUGUGGUUUAUUUAUGAAGAUACUGAUUCUGACAUAUGAAGAGUAACAAAUAUCUGUUACUGAUGUACUGGCUAAUAUUUUUUCUUUGGUAUGUACAUUUACUGUAUUUCUACACUAUGCUGAUAAAGGAAAACAGCUAUUAUUUCAACUUCCAUGUACAUUGCUGACUACACACAAUUGUUUGCAUUGCUGGGAUGUGUAGCAGGCUUGU